AUGUCGUUGAAGUUUGGCUCCGCCACUGUGAUUGCCAUCAAGGAUAGAGAAGCCAUCCGUGAUCUCUGGGAAAAGAAGUCCCAUAUUUAUUCUGAUCGUCCACCGAGCUAUGUGGCUCGCCUGCUCACCCAAAACCAUCAUGCGGCUUUCCAGUCCAUGAACGACGAAUGGAGAGACCGGCGGAAGUUAAUGUCUCAUUAUUUUUCUCCUCAGAAAUGUGACAAGAUCCACGCCGAAUACCAGAAUGCCGAGGCUCUCGCGUUACUUUGCACUCUGCUAGACGAGCCUCAGAAUUAUUACAAACUCUUGAAGAGGUAUUCUGCAGCUGUGACCGGUGCCCUCACCUACGGCAAGCGUCCCAAAGCUUUCGAGGAACCGUUGUGUCAAGAUGUGGGCGCCGCAAUGGGCUACCUGGCGGAAAACAUGGAGCUCGGGGCCACACCUCCGGUGGACGAGUGGCCUUUCAGCCUGUUGCAAUUGGUGCCUCCAUCGUUUGCAUUCUGGAAACGUCGUGCGAUAGAGCAUGGACGUAGGAUGGACGCACUCUUCGCCAAGUUAUGGAACGAGUACCUGGGUCGACGAGAGCUUGCUCCUGCGUCCAAUUGCCUCUUUGACGAGUUCUGCAGCCAAAAUCCCGGUGCGAAGACCGGAGGAUCACUGGGAACGUGGCGGUGGGGUUUACACUCGUUGCAGUUUUUAGGAGGGGAAAUCCUCGAGGGUGGUGCCGACACAACUUCGUCUACGCUGAUUUCAUUCGUCAUGGCCAUGGCCUGUUGGCCGGAAUAUCAGAGAAAGGCGCAAAAGGAGAUGGACAGUGUUGUGGGAGAAGACCGGACUCCUCAGUGGUCAGACUACGACAACCUUCCGUACAUUGCCCAGAUUCAGAAGGAGACUCUGAGGUGGCGAUGCGUUACUGUGACAGGAGUCCCUCACGUUGCGCGCGAAGACGAUUACUACAAAGGAUAUUUGAUCCCAAAGGGUGCACGAACGAUGCAAAGUACCUGGGCGCUGCACAUGGAUGAAGAGUACUAUGAAGAACCUGAGAAGUUCAAUCCCGAUCGAUACGACCAAAGGACAAGGCUGGCAGAUCAUUACCAAGGAAAUCCAGACUGGAAAGAUCGCGACCAUUAUGCUUACGGAGCCGGUCGACGAAUCUGUCCUGGCAUGCACAUCGCCGAACGGAAUUUGUGGCGAUCCAUUUCGAAAAUCAUCUGGGCAUUCGAUAUCUCUCCCGCGAUCGACCCACGGACGGGCAAGCCAGAGCACAUCAACACGGCUGCAUUCACUGUCAAUGGCCAGCAUUCGGCUUUCAUAGGAGGCGCCAACCGGGUCGCAAAGCCGUUCAACGUCGUUAUUGCGCCGCGUUCCCAGGCUCGCGUGGAGACCAUCAAGAGGGAAUAUGCUGAAGCCGAGCCUCUUCUGAGUCAAUUUGACUGA